CCAGCAGGUGGACACAAUACACAACAGCAGAAUCUGGACAACUCGAGUCUCCAUAAUUAUUGCUGCAGUGCAGAACAGUGAUGGCUUGUGUUUUGCAGGACAACUCUUCCAGCACUUGACACAUCUCCAUAAAAGUCCAUACCCACAUGGACCUGCUGAGGGUGUGAAGAGACAUGAGAGAUGUCUUCCUCUGUGCGAAGACGAGCUGUUGCUGCUAGUAGAAAGCCUGCUGAAGAUGAAGUGAGAGAGAAAGAGGCUCCAGUGGAGCAGCAUCUUGAGAUGGAUGCUGGGACCUACUGGCUUACCAGGAUCGUGUUUACUCGAUCCAUUGGCUUUGUCUAUUUGGUAGCAUUCCUGGUGGCACUGAACCAGAACAAGGAACUUAUCGGUGCCAACGGUCUACUCCCCAUUCCAGUGUUCUAUUCCAGAAUCAGAACGGCUCUGGAAGUGCCCGCUAACUCGACUGUUACUAUGGAUGCAUUCUUGAAAGGGCCCAGUUUGUUUUGGUGGAUCUCUGAACACUAUGUUGACCUCACUCUAGACUUGGUGGCUUACCUCGGAAUAUCACUCUCGGCCAUCUUAUUGUUUCUGGGCUCAGGAAAUGUGCUCAUCUUUGUUGUGUUGAGAGUUUUGUACCACUCUCUUGUAUUCGUGGGGCAGAUUUGGUAUGCCUUUGGUUGGGAGGUCCAGCUUCUUGAGAUUGGUUUCCUAGCGUUGAUCAUGGUGCCUCUAUUCAGCCUGAGGCAGUUUCCCCGAGGCACACCCACUCCCUGGGUAGCAGUGUGGGCCAACAGAUGGCUUCUCUUCAGAAUCAUGAUAGGAGCUGGACUGAUCAAGAUCAGAGGUGACGAGUGCUGGGGGGAUUUGACAUGCAUGGACUAUCAUUACGAGACUCAGCCAGUUCCCAACCCUCUCAGUUACUUUCUCCAUCAGAGUCCUGCCUUUGUGCACAAGCUUGAGACUCUGGGCAACCAUUUUGUGGAGUUAGUGGUUCCGUUUCUCAUCUUCCUCCCUCGUCCUUUUAGACUGACCUGUGGAGUGGUGCAGAUCAUCUUUCAGGUGAUGCUGAUACUCAGCGGUAAUCUAAGCUUCCUCAAUUGGCUCACCAUUCUGUCAGCCAUCUUCUGCUUUGAUGACCUCUCCCUGCAAUGGCUCUUCUCUGCAGCUACUAAAGAGAAAGUGGUGCAACUCCAACAAGAGGCCAAGAAGGAAACAGCUAAACCUUUGGGCUACUACGUUCGACAAGUGUCCAAUGUGGGCGUGGCAUUGUUGCUAGGUUACCUGAGCAUCCCAGUGGUCCUAAACCUCCUCUCUCAGCAUCAAGUCAUGAACACUUCCUUCAACUCUCUCAAGAUUGUCAACACAUACGGAGCGUUUGGAAGCGUCACCAAGAGCCGUACAGAAGUGGUCCUAGAAGGCACCUUCAGCUCAGACCCUGGACCAAACGCAUCGUGGCUAGAGAUUGAAUUUAAAUGCAAACCUGGCCGCACAGAUCGUCGUCCUUGCAUCAUUUCCCCUUAUCAUUACCGCCUGGACUGGAUGAUGUGGUUUGCAGCUUUCCAGGACUACAAUAAUAACCCGUGGCUGGUUCAUUUGGCUGCCAAGAUAGUGUCCGAGGACCCCUCAGUGGAGAGUCUGGUCGAACACAACCCUUUCAGGAACAAACCACCUAAGUUCAUUCGUGCACAGCACUAUCAAUAUACCUACGCUCGUCUCGGCAGUAAAGCAGCUGACGAAGGUCACUGGUGGGAAAGAAAACUGAUUGGUCCAUAUAUUCCCGUCGUUGCUAAGGAACAUCUCCAAAAAGUAGCCAAACAGCAAGGCUGGACUUGGUACAACAAAACUAAGAGUUGAAGACUGAAUAGCUAGCUAGGUUAAUUAUGGAAAUUUUUGUACAACAUUAAAUUAGUAAGUCAAAUUUUUUCA